CACUCAAAGAAAAAGAAAAUCAACAAAAACAAAAUCGGAGCAGAGCUGAGCAAGCUACUGACCUCAACUCAAUUAUCUCUACUUCAAAUGAAACCCUACAACCGGAAACUCUUCCUCUACUAUGACUCUCCUUACCCUACCACCACCAACUCGUUACCGCCGAUCCAGCUCCCCGCCACCUUAAACUCCACCUCAUCUCCGCCGUCUUCAUCCAAAAAGCCACCUCUGUACAACUCUCAUUUUGACUUCUCCAUGGUUCUCACUGUAGUCGUUCUCCUCACAGCUCUCUUCUUCAUGGGAUUUUUCUCAAUUUAUAUUCGUCGUUUCUCUGAAGACCCAACAGUUCAUCUCUCUCGUAGACGGCGUUACCGUGGUGGCCCACUUAACUCGUUUCCGUUCCCCUCUGAUCUUCACCGUGUCUCGGCUUCAAUCAAAGGACUUGACCCAAUAACCAUUCGAUCGUUGCCGGUAUAUUCUUACCGUGGGAAUGCCAAGUACCAGAUAGAUUGCCCCAUUUGUCUGAGCGAGUUUGAAGAGAAGCAGCGUCUUAAAACGAUACCGCUUUGCAAACAUGUUUUCCACGUCGAAUGUAUUGACACGUGGCUUUCUUCCCACGUCUCCUGUCCCGUAUGUAGAGGGACCAGGUUGUUCGAGAGCAUGAACGGCGACGGUAGCGGUGAAUUGGGUGUAACGCAGGAGAGGAUUGAUCAGUGUGUCAGUCAGUCAUCUUCGGUUGAUAUCAGUGACACGUGUACGGUGAUGGAAACGAUACCGAUGAUGAGGAGAGCGAGCAGCUGUUCAAAUUUACAUCAACGGCCCAUGUUGCGACGAACGUUGAGCUUUUGAUGCUUACAAGUUCCGAUGCGACUGACAAGCAACAUAUGUUAAUAAAAAAAAUUAGUACAUAAUUAAUAUGCAAUUACACUAGUUUCUAGGUAAAUCUAGGGGAUUCAUUUUUAAUUUGUUGUUAAGUUGCUUUCUUUAGCCACAUAAUACAAGAAGAAUAAAGUGGAGAAAGCGACGUGGCAUUUAGAGAAUCCCAUUAAGGAAAGCAAAAUCCUUGUACUUAUCCACUUCUAUUAUUCUUGAUAUUUUUUUAUUGUA